AUUCUCUGGACCUGAACCGGACCUGUACCUGUCUGUACUGGCACCCACCCCUAUUCACUACGCUAUUGCGAUUGGUAUAUAUAUCUAGAGCGCCAUUGUCCUGAAGUAAACAUUUCGGAUGACAAGUCGUCAAAGGGUACGAAAGGUGAGUCAGUGUCCCGUGCAGUUGGCAUGGUGAAGUGUGCAAAGGAGAAACCAUUUCAUCACGGGGGUGUGACAUCGAUACCCCAGCCCUUUUGUUAGUACCCCAUGGAGAGAGGAAACUUGAUACUAGCUCCCUUUACUCCAUUCAGCAGGCCAGUCGUGUCCACCGAUGGAUCCUCGGGAUCUGAGCCUUUGGAGUUUAAUUAAAACGGCCACGUUAACAUCGUUUAACACUUUCAAGUUUUGAGUAGGAUUGUUCAUAUACACUAUGGUCGCCAUAUGGGCCCCACUACUGGUGAUGGUAGUCCUGUGUGGGACAGGUGUCAUCGGGCAAGCUUACGAUACAGCCGACAGAAUUCGGUUGGUGGGCGGCGGAACUGCAGAUGAAGGUCGUUUGGAGGUCCGGCCAGCCGACAGUUCCUUCUGGGGGACGGUCUGUGACGAUGAGUUCGGCAUGAACGACGCUACUGUUGCCUGUAGAACACUGGGAUAUGCAUCUGCUCUGGCAUACUAUGGGUCCGCACACUACGGACAAGGGUCAGGAGACAUCUACAUGGACGACCUAGCGUGUACCGGGAAUGAGAACAGCCUGUUCGACUGCUCGUACGCAGGUUGGGGAUUUAACAAUUGUGGUCACGGCGAGGACGUCGGCGUCGUCUGUAGCUAUGUCAACCCAGCCGACAGAAUCCGGUUGGUGGGCGGCGGAACAGCAGAUGAAGGCCGUUUGGAGGUCCGGCCAGCCGACAGUUACUCCUGGGGGACGGUCUGUGACGACUCGUUUGACAUAAACGACGCUACUGUUGCCUGUAGAACACUGGGAUAUCCUCAGGCUCUGACAUUCUAUGGGUCCGCACACUACGGACAAGGGUCAGGUGACACCUACAUGGACGACUUAGCGUGUUCCGGGAACGAGAACAGCCUGUUCGACUGCUCGUACGCAGGUUGGGGAGUUGAGAACUGUGGUCACAGUGAGGACGUCGGUGUCGUCUGUGGCAAUGAAGAUAUCAGAAUUCGGUUAGUUGGUGGUUCAUACACAAACGAAGGCCGGCUGGAGGUCCGGCCGGUCGGUAGUUACGUCUGGGGGACGGUCUGUGACGACCAGUUUGACAUGACUGACGCCACUGUCGCCUGUAGGAUGCUGGGAUACUCUGAAGCAAGUGAAGUCCGUACUUCCGCGUACUUUGGAUCAGGUUCGGGAGACAUCUACAUGGACGACCUAGCGUGUUCCGGGAACGAGAACAGCCUGUUCGAGUGCUCGUACUCAGGUUGGGGAGUUGAGAACUGUGGUCACAGCGAGGACGUCGGUGUUGUCUGUGGCGCCACAGGUGUCCAGCUCAGUGGCGGCGCCAUCGCUGGAAUCGUCAUCGGUGUACUGGUCGGUGUGGGUCUGAUGGUAGUAAUCGGCCACCACUGCAUGAAGACCAACUCGAGCCCCACCCCUGCCAACCGGGUCAGCUCGAACCCCACCCCUGCCAACCGGGUCAGUCCGAACCGACAGACAGUCGGGGUAACCGUCACCACGGUCCACCGCCCCACCGUGGUGCCAGCGACGCACAACCCCCCAUAUAACCCACAGCCCUACCCACCGCCCCAACAGUACCCUCCCCCUCCAGCUUACAACACGGCUCUGAACAUGCCAAUGCAGCCCCCUAGCGGAUUCGCAUCAAAUCCGUACCCAUCCAAUGAUCCAGCGUAUGCUCCUCCAACCGCACCAAAUCCGUACUCAUCCCAAGACCCUGCGUAUGCUCCUCCAACCGCACCAAAUCCGUACUCAUCCAAUGAUCCAGCGUAUGCCCCUGCAACCGCACCAAAUCCGUACUCAUCCCAAGAUCCAGCAUAUGCCCCUCCCCCGGAACCGUUUAGAUACGGAAUGAUGUAGCUCCUCUGAUAAAAGCCUAUAUGAGCUGCGAUUUUGUUAAUUUCUUGCACGUACGUCUAUUCAAGAAUCAUAAAUACAUAUUUCAUACAUAUAUACGAAAAUGCAUAAACAUACUUAAACACCAUUGCAGCCUGUUAUACUUUGCUGUAAAAUUGGCCGAAUUAAGUUAGUCUUGAAAUAGCAACCUUAACAACAUAACAUGUUAAUUAUCAAUAAUCGAAAUGACCAAGGCUGAACUAGUUUAUAUAGGCCAACGCAUUUGAAUAGGCAUAACAUCAGCUGUUUUGUCUCAGAGGUUUGCGGUAACUGAGAUGUCAUUUGAUCUGCAACUGAGAUUUAUAUUCUUUUUAUUACGUGAUGUACAUCAGACGAUAUUGUUUGCCAUUUUUUUAUUUGAAACCCCUUCAGUCUUCAUUGAGGCAAUCAUGCACAUGAGGUUCCAAGCGUACCCUUCUGUUGCGUUGAGGAACAUGUAACAGUUAGUUGUACAAUGUAUAUAGUUUGUCAGCAACAUUGUACGAAAUGCCUAAAGGAAUGUGUGAAUGGCAACUGCAUGUGUUGCCUCAACCUGUACAGUCUUCUAUGUAAGUUCUGUGUAAAUUCCUGUGUACCAUUUCUUUUAAAGAUGCAGAGUAUUUUGCAAUAGCAUUCAUUGCUGCUGUCUGCUACUCCGGGAAAGAGGGCCAACACCUGAAGUAGUAUCAAAGUUGGCAGGCGUUACAGACGUUCGCAGCUGUACCCUUUGCUGCAGUCGUAUGUAAUUUGUCUGCUGCUCGUAUUCUGUUUGGUUUGGUUUAUUUAGAUCUCCAUUAGUGAAAUACACUAGUCUUCCUGGAGUCCACAUUAAAACAAUACAGAAAUAAUAGCAACAGAAAUGUACAAAUAAUACAAAUUAUAACUUUGAAAUAACAGAAAGCAAACAUAUCGUAAACUGAAAAACAGUGAUUUCCAUACGUGAAGUAAAAUAAAAUAAAAUAAAACAACUUAGUUCUUAUAUGUACAGUUAUUAGUUCUCUGUGUGAUGAUGUACGUUG